CCUGACGGAUAUCACUGUGGUUGUACAAGUGGCUACCAAUGCCAACGAUACUGGGGAAACUAUUACUGGGGAAAGUGUGUAAAGCCAGCGUGCUCCAGCGAUUCAAACUGUUACAAAACUCACUGCUGUUCCGGUGGCCAGUGUAAACUGAAAAAGAGGGCUGGCCAAUUCUGUCCUGUCAAUGGGGUAAAAAUGUUCCUAUGCGUGUACUAACUAUUUUGUUUUGCUUUUUUGUUUGUAAGAACUUCCAAAUAAGUUCGAAAAGACCGAGAAACAACGCAUGAACAAAUCAGUAACCUACUGAUUAUGUUAGCUUGCGUUGCGGGCCGUUUUUUUGGUGUGUUUUUGGGGAUUCGUUCGUGGCCGCCAAGGUUAAACGAGAAAACGAGGGGGAAGAGAAAAGGGAGAGAGGCAAAGAAGAAACUCAUUUCACGGCCUUAUCUUUUACUUUACGAAUUGCGGUUGACGAGAAAAACCGCCUGUUACGCAAGCUAUGAUUACAGUCAACUCUGGGGCUGGCACUGAGUGACUUCUUAGAGAGAUGUCCGUCUUAAAGAGUCAAAUAAAAGGAGUAAAGAAAGGCAGGGACCAACUCUAGGUGUCCGUUUUACAGAGGUGUCCGUCUUAUAGAGGUGUCCGUUAAGAGAGAGUCGACCGUAUUUAAGAACAUCACCCAGACGUAUUAAAAUUUGUCAAUUUAUUUGUUUUUAAAAUUGUCUUAUACUAUGUACUGGCGAAAAUGUCUUUGAAACGUUUCUCUUAUUAUAAAUGGUCAGGCCAAUGUUACUGCCACUCAGGUAACUUCUGGACUUUCUAAAACCGUUCAAUGACAUUAAAUUUCCAAUGAAUUUAUUUGUUUAUUUUUCUACAGGCCGAUAAGUAUCAUUGUGGUUGUGCAAGUGGUUUUGAAUGCAGGAGAUACCGGGGAAACCGUUAUUGGGGAAAAUGUGCAUGUUCUGGUGAUUCAAGCUGUGCCAAAACACAUUGUUGCUCGGGUGGCUUGUGUAAGCCGCGGAAGAAGGCUGGAGAAUAUUGUCCUCUUAAAGGGGUAAAAACUUAUAGUUUAUCGAAAUACUUUUGUUUUGAUCAAAACAGAACUCAUUGAAAAAAUAAGCCAUUUGCACUGAUGACGUCAACUUUAGUACUACGACCAUAAAUGCUCUUCUUCGUUUUUUCUUUUGAUAUUUUAGUUUGGUAAUCGCGGUAAGAUUAUAAACAAAAACUUAAAUUUGCAAAAGAAAGCAAAAAAAAAAAAUGAAGGAUUCUGAUCGUAGUAACAUGACGUCACCGUGUAAAUGGACGCUGUAAGAUUGAUUCCCGAAAAGAUAUGGACCCGAUAAACACUGGAAAGCGCUAUCCACCGAAUAAAUCACCAUUCAGCGGACAAGUAUUACGGGAAACAACUGCGUUGUCUACUGGACGUUUGAACAACGAGGGGUUCAUAGAAAGUCUUUAUGCGCGGAAAGAGGAGACUGUAUUUUUUUAAUCAUUAUUAUUGCUUUUGCAAGUUUAGGACCAAUACAACUAACUAGAGAAAUAACUGAAAAACCUUUUUGCUGGAUUUCUACUGGAUCACAGAUAAAAAAUUGUGUAUGUUAAUUCUUUUCGCAGGCUGAUAUCUAUCACUGUGGUUGUAUUCAGGGAUACCAGUGCACCGCAGCUAAUGUUGGCAACUAUUGGGGGAAAUGUACAAAGGUUGUACCUCCGACCGAGGAACCUGGGUCGGGACUUGGUGAAAUAGAAUAACCGCAUGAUUGAGCCAGCGAUACACGAACAAAUAAAAUUCGUGAUACAUCAUGUGUAUUCAUUGACACUUAGAGAUGGGGGAUUCAAAUAAAACGAAUUAAUUAGGGAUGAUCAUGUCGAUCUUAUUUUGAUGCUUUGCUUUUGAUUCAACCAGUGUGAACUGUGUUGUUGGGUCCCAGUAUUUCUGGGUGAUUUUGAAAGUGACGUCACCCGUCAAACUUGCUUGCGACGCCUAGCAUAAAAUGAACGGUCCAACUGACCCCCCCCCGGGAGAAGAGGUACUCCCUUAUAGAAGCCAUAUAGGUAUGUGCCGCCCCAAAGGGUUUGGUUUUUGCACCGUUAUAGGGAACCACGGAGGUGUAUUAACGUAUUUGCCGUUUCAAUUCCAGAUGAAUAAGAAAGAAACGGUAAUUUGCGAAUUCGAAAUGGAUUUUAAGAAAUCUGUUUGUUGGCGUUCCCUAAGGAUUCAAAUCUAGAAAAAUUCGCCAUUAUUUGUCGAAUUGAACUAGAUGGAAUAAACGCGAGAAAGUUUGUAGCAGCACGAAUUCUCUUUUUAAGUGAUGCUCAUGUAGCCGUCGCCAUUGUUGUUGCUUAAGCUCCCUAUGCUGUCCAAAGAACGUUGGGUAUUUAUACCCCUCAAGCCUUGGAAAUUAAAGCAGCACUAGCCGAGGAUCUCAUGAUAUUCUCAAGGAAAGAGAACCGCUUGAGGGAGUCCUUUUCAAUCAGAGCUUAUUAUAAAAUAACACUCGGGAUCGGACGACGUCAGUGUACGAGUAGAAUUGGCUCAUGUCAGACGAAAUAUUAUGCAAACUGUGCUAGUUCAUCGUUAGCGAGCAAAGUUAUUAACGUUUGGCUGUCAGUUUGAAUCAAUUUAAAUCUCCUUAACACCCUUGAGCCUUACUUAAGCGUGCUGUGUGAAUUGCGGUAUAACCAACGAAAUAACAUUAACAGGUUUCUUCUUGCUGGAUCAGUCUAAAAUUAAAGUAAAUCAGCCAUUUGCCGUAUUGCCAGCCUUGCAUUCAGUUUUAAAAUUACAUUGGUUGCAGUGAAUAUGUGGCAAUAAUCAGUCUAAUAAGAAUAUAUACCUCGCCUACCACACAAGAGUUUCAUUCUUACAGACUGUCAAAGAUUUCUUUUCAAUUUCAGUAUGUAAUAAGCAUUCCAUAGUUAUGGAAUUUUUAAAACUUUUGCUUUCUAGAAAUAAUUCCGAAAAAUAUAGUAAGAUUACUUUAACUUGAAGAAAAAUAGUUGCACCUAUAGUCCUCUUUGAGAACGAACAAACCCGCUAAGCACAGUUGAAAAGCUGUUAAAACAUUUAUCGCAUUCAUGUUCUAAAGAUUUCUUUACUCAGCUUUGGUUACUAAAACCAUGCAAGCACUAAAUGAAACGCUUUUGUUGAUGAAAAGUACCGCUUUCAAAGCCUUGAGCAUCAAGGCAAACGUCAGCGUAACUCCACAAGAGACAAAAUUUGCCAACCAGAGACACCUAUCUACAAAGAUGUUAAAAACUUAGAGAUAUCGUAAGUUUACAUUGCGCGAUUGAUACACGACACGUGUGACAGCAAAUAAUCGACAAAGAGUAUAAGUUGAAAGCUAUGUCAGUCUUUAUUCAGCACGAAAAGACUUGCUGCGAUAGAGCUAUAACGUUUGCCAUAAGGAUGCAGUUUUUUGUAGCUACUUUAGCGCUUAUCACUUUAGCAGUUGCUGUUCGGGGGGAGCAAGGAGAGAGUGACGGUCAGGCCCAAAGAGACUAUGUAAGUAUUCCGACUUAGUUUGAGAAAUAAAAGGCCUGAUGAAAUUUUUACUGGUUUCUAUUAUGAAUUACUAUUUACUUGAUUAUAUUUUAAAGGAGUUGAGACUCCCAAAUCUAAAUCAAAGAUACUUGAUUCUAUAAACUAAUCUAAUUAUAUCAACGAUAUAUUAAACCCUUUCUCAAGUUUUUUUUAAAGUCGUUGGUAUUGUUCCGUGUACAAAUCUUUCUCAAAUCUACACAUUCAAGUAUCAACUGUUCUGUUUGCAGUUUUCAUGGUACUAUGGAACAGUAAUUUUCGUUUAAGAUUUUAAAACAUUUUGUGUUCAUUUUCCGACUCUCUUCAAAAAUGGAUACUGUACUCUCUAAUAAGAGGUACAUCUAGCGUUGUAUUGCCGCUUAAAAGCCAUUUUCAUAAGGUACGACUCUCUUAAGGCUGCCCACCAAUUUUUCGUCCCGUGAAAUUUGCCGUUUCUAAGUAGAGUUGACUAAUAUUUAUUAUUUUGUCAAGAAAAUUUUCUUUCAGAGCAAAAACACUUUGACUGAGAUAUUUCGACGUUGUCAGAAUCAGUGAAUCUUCAUCAGUCGAAUGCUUGGUUCAACUAUCGGUCACGUGACGAUUGCAAAUCACGUGACCAUUUUAACCUCCGAUAAAUAAGUCCAGGCUCCCAUCCCUGAAAACAAACACUUUCUUGAAAAACAUUAUUAUUCGAAAAAAUUCACUGAUAGGUCACGUGACCACCAUAAAUCAAGUGACCAGUCACACGGUGGGUUCAUGCUCCCAACCCUUAAGAACGAACAUAAACGUUAUGCUUCCGGAGCAAAAAAAAUCGAUAGAAUUUUAACAUCUUUUGAUUUUUUAGUUUCAAUGCGGUGGUCAUUACUGCACAGAUGGAUUCUAUUGUCUGCACGGAAACUGCUACCCAAAGAGACGCUGUAGCACACACGGCCACUGUCCAAAGGAUCAGUAUUGUGACAAGUAUCAACAAGUCUGUAGGAAGGGUGUCCGAAGGUGUUCAUACCAUAACCAGUGUGGAUAUAGACAAAUUUGCAAGGGUGGGAAGUGUAAGCAGCUAGAGUGUCUCGGGCACAGAGACUGUCCUGACAGUGAUGCCUGUCACUACCCCCCAGGGAUCUGUCUGGCGUACACAGCUUACUGUCAUGAGGGAUACAACUACUGCAAGAGAGGAUAUGUUUGUGUCAACAGUACGUAAAAUUUUGUCUCCAGCUUUAUUAGGCUAUUAGUAUAGGUAAUAGCAUGAUUAGUAGUGAUAUUUGGCAUAAAUACCACGAGUGAUAUUUCAAAAUUGUUAUACGUAAUUUCACGAGCCGUUAGGCGAGUGAAAUUUGAGACAAUUUUGAAAUAUCACCAGUGGUAUUUAUGCCAAAUAUCACGUACCCGCAAAAGGUUGUAAUUUUCACAUGUAGGUAUUACAUUAAGCUGAAAUACCACUACUCUAAGCCAAUCAAAUUGCAGAAAUUUCUCAUGUAGUAGUAUAAAUGUAUCUAAUAGUGCAUGAUGCGGUAUCGACAUACUUUAUUAUUCGCUGCUUUAGAAACGAGAAGAGCCGACAGGUACCAGAAUGCGUCCCGCAGUUGUUACUGGGGAUACACCGGUCAGCUAUCGGCCAAUUUUUUUUUCUGUCUCUAGUGAAAGUGAUAAAGAAAUUAACUGCAAAAACCGUGGACGAGGAUCCUACUGGUUGUCAACGUUGGAUCUCUAGAAAAGAGAUCUAAUCAGCUAAAAUAUUAAGAACCAAAACACGAGAAUUUCAAAGACUACUGCAAAGCUGAUCACAACAACGUGUAUUGCUUUCUCAUGACAAUAUUGCGGCUGGCCAUACCAGCCUUCUUCAGGUUUACAGAUGUUGUUAUAACAAAGGAAUACACGUUGUUAUGAUCAGCUUUGCAGAAGUACUAAAACAGUCCCACAAAUCUUUUCGCAAGUAAACUAGACCCAGUCUCUCUAGCUUCAAAUUGAGGCGGUGAAUCGUACAAACAGCAUCUGACCUAAUUCGUAGCUGAAACAGAUAUUUUGGCCUAUAUACAGUGUAGUUUACCGCGCCAAAGACAAAAGAGUUAAUUGCCUACAAUGUUACGUUGAUCUCGUAGGAAAAUGCGUAAAGAUGGAAUGCGUUAGUGAUUUUGGGUGCAAGAUUGGCGAUCAUUGCGUCGGUUGGUUUUGCAAACCACAGAAAGACUUCUGUAAGACUGAUGGCGACUGUUCCAAGGAUCAAUGCUGUGUUAUUAAAGGAAACGGCGAGAGGGGAGGAGUUUGUAAGAGUCUGCGCAAACCGGGAGACUGGUGCCCACUUAAGGUAAGGAAUUCCCUGCUUUUUUUAAUCCCUGACACACGACAAUACCGUUAACAAUAUUCUCUGCUUGUUCUACCAUCUCAAACAUUUACUAAUCCAAAAUAUGAUGUAUACCUUCUCGGGUGCACUUGUACGUUCGAUAGAUGAAACGCGAGGAUUUUUCACGAUUUCCAUGCCAUAAGUGAAAUAUUUUGUCACAUUGUUUACUGACACUUCAGAUGUACACGAGGUUGAAUUUUUGAUUUUCCCUCAAUUAAGCUUGAAACCACUUCACUAAAAUAAUAAUGAUUAUUGCUUACUGUGUAAUAUGCAGUUAUGUAUGUGUAAUACAUUUUCUCCUUUCUAUAAAUGCCGAUGACGAUCACGAUGACGAUCGCAGCAAAAAAAGAUUCAAAAGCUCGAGAGGGAACAGGGAUGAAACGUCUUUUGAAACUUUUCAGCGUGACUAAUUGACGUAAUCAUCUCACUUGAUAAGCCAAAUAUUAUGUUUACUACGAAUAGUGUGCCUAAAUUAUAUAUUUUUUUUCUUCACCAGCAAAAUUUACAAGCCUGUCCUUGCGUCUCCGGCUAUGUAUGCAACGUUACAAAUAAUGUUGUAUGGGGUAAAUGCCAGGCCGUCGACGGGGGAUCUGGGUCCGGGUUAGGAUCUGACGAUUUCUGA